AUGCCGAGCCCGAAGACUGCCCAAGGCAGCAAGUCAAGCACCAUGAGCUUCAAGUCUACCUCAGCAGUCACUAUACGCGUAGGGAAGGAUCCGAACACAGAGGACUUCAUCGCGCACGAAAGCUUCCUCACUUCCCGUUCAGAGUUCUUCCGCCGCGCCAUGAAUGGCAACUGGCAGGAGGCAGACACAAGAACCAUCAAUUUCCCUGACGAUGACCCUGGUACUUUCGCCCUCUAUCUGAAUCACCUCUAUACUGGACAGCUGCCUAUUGCAACCGAGACCGAGGAAGAGCUGAAGAAGCUCACAACGGGUGACUUCAUUACAGUUGUUACAAAACAGUACGACAAUGUUCUCCGCGUUUUCGUUCUUGGUGAGAAACUUCAAGACCUUUCGACCAAGAACGCCAUGAUGGAAGCUGCACUAGCCACCACCAAAUUGACAGGACAACACGGGAAACGGCAAGCCCCGAGUGCGCAAACAAUCAACAUGGUGUACAAAGGCACACCCUCAAGCAGUCUCGCUAGAUGUUUACUCGUGGAUAUAUGGACAGGAUUACCCAUUUCCAGCAUCUUCGAGCAUUUCAACCAGAUCCACGAGGAUGUGCAAAAAGACCUAGGAAGAUCCGUAAGCGACCGUUACAAGGUCGUUUCAGCAAACAUUGGAAACAUCCCAGAGGAGAAAGGCAUUGUCGCGUACCAGGAGAAGCCAAAGGGAGCUUGA